GGGAGUAGUGGCUCAUUUCCAAGCAGCACACAUAGGUGUAGAGGAAUAUGCUCUUUGUAGAGCUGGGAGAAGUAAUGGCGGCGUUUAUCAUCAUGCGCAGGGCAUUCGAGAAGGAUACAAGGUAUAUGCACAUGGGUAGAGAAGCUUCGGCCAAAAAGCGGUUCAAAACAAAUCGCCAGCGACAUCGGCCCGGAGGGUCACGUGAAGGAUGCGAUUGAAGCGCGACUAGGAGAGGUGGGGACAAACAUCAUUGAAAUUAAUUAGCUUGUGACUAGAGGCAUAAUCAUUUGUAUUUUUAAACAAGCUAAAUAUAAUUAUUAGAUAUUAUCAGUCAUAUUUAGCGCGCUACAAAAUUCAAAACUGUCUUUGUUUUUGCUAAUAAUAUGCAUACUUCUUAUUAGCGUCCUCUGUACGCCACUAGCAAAAAGGCCGGCUAGCAAUAGCGAUAUUCACAGUUCUUUGUAGACAUUGUGGCGCGCGGAAAGACAGGCAACGUCCGACUGCUUGCUUGUGUUUGGGCGUCCACGUGCUCUUGGGGGCGCUGUCUGCUGUUACCUACGGAAGACGUGCUUCACAUCGGCCCCGUGUUGCUGAUCGAUUUAUUGCGUCCAAAUCAUCGACACCUCGGAAUUUUCGGUGCCAAUCGAACGAGCAAGUCUUCCCGGUCACAGGGAGGUAUCGGCAGUGAGUGAGUGUCGAUUUUGUGGGAGUUUGCGUGUUCGCCGGCCGGGUGGGGCCGCUAGGCCUAACUCGAGCACGUCGACAUGGAGGAUCCUCUCGGCGGUUCUACGGUGGAUGUGGCCAAGAAUGGCGGUCCGACGGUCGUCUCGAUGGUCGGGGAGGAUGUCGACCCUGAUUUUUGUGCAGGCUGGAUGCGCGCUCGGGCACGCGGGGGUACUCAGGUGGAGAAGGAGCCCAGGCCUAGUUCCUACGUGGCCCGGAAGGUCAUCGAGAAGGUCAAGCGCAUGGGGAGGAUGCCGAGAGUGGGACUGGAGGGCGAGAACAAGGUGGUGGUGAGGCCGCGAGGUGGCCUGGAUUUGAGGAAGACGUCGAUCGUCGUCGUGGCGGACGCAAUCCGGGCGGCGGCUGGGAUCUCGGAGGAGGCGGCCUCGUUGGAUACGCAGUGCCCGAACGUGCAGCAAAAUGUGGUGGUCAUCAGUACGGGGAGCGACGCCAGGGCGGUCAAGUAUGCUGCGGUGACGUGUAUCUGCGUGGCGGGGAGGUCCUACGAAGUGUGGGCUUACGUCACGGCUCCCUUUGACACCGUCAAGGGGGUGAUCCGUGGCGUCCCGGUGCACCAUACGGCGGAGGAGAUUGAGCGACUUCUCAUCGGGCCCAGGAACCCGACGGUGCGAGCGGCGGAGCGUAUCGGCUCUUCGGCAACGGUCGUGGUGAUCUUUGGGGGUGACUUAGUGCCGUAUCAGGUGUUCUACGGCGGGAGUGUGUUGCGGUGCUCCCUGUAUAGGAAGCACUAUGAGGUGUGCAAGACGUGUGGCCGUGUCGGUCAUCGAACUGAUGUGUGCCCAACCCCCGGCGUCAGACGGUGCUUGGGAUGUGGCGGAACUCCGGACCCGGGACAUACGUGUAGUCCCAGAUGUGGCUUGUGUGGGGGUCCGCAUGUUACCGGGGAUAAGGUGUGUAAGAAUCGGUUUCGUACGCCGUACAUCGUUCGUAGGCGGCUGUGGGAGAGAGCGGAGCGGGGUCUGUCCGGGGAUCGGCCGUCUCCUCCCCCGCGGGGUUCUGCGGAAGAAUACCCUAGGCUGGUAAGGUCUCGCGAGUCUGAGAGGCCGGCGGCACGUAGUCGCAGCAGGAGCACAAGUGGUCAGAUCACGUGGGCCCAGGCGGUGCAGUCUGAUCGGGGAGAGGUUGCCAAGUUGCGUGAGGAGAAUCGUAGGCAAGCUGCUGAGGUCGUGGAGCUGAGAAGGGAGAACAAGAAGUUAGUGAAGACCGUGGAGGAGCUGAAGGCACUGGUCGAGGGCUUGGUUCGUCGGCUGGACAGUUCGGCUCCUCCCUCGGGACCGGAGGACUCUGCCCCUCCCGCCAAGCGCAGGAGUGUGGAGGCUCGCAGAUGUAGGGGGGAGGGUGUUGAGGACAGGUUUGAGGAGAUUGAGGGCCAUGUCGGUCUGGUGGAAGACGGGGUGAAACAGCUUAACGAGAAGAUGGAUUCGAUCAUGAAGGUGCUAACGGUGAUGCAGGGUACUUUACAGCGAAAUUCAGAGGGACAAUGGCAUCAAGCUUAA